AUGACGACGGUGGUGACGUAGCGCUGGCAUCAGAGCAGAAUUUGAAACGGUGGAGCCGGUGGACAAGAGACGAAUCUACGAAUCGAAACAUGUUUACCUCGGCAUGGACUAGUUAGCAAGACAAGUAUUUACUCUGCGUUCAGCUUUUUUCAGAGUUUAUAAGACAGUUUGUCCGCUGUUGUCCCCGUGAGAAGAGGAAGAGAGGGUCCGUUCUAAACUUUAGUAACUUAGAGUGAUUUUGUCUUGCGUUAAACACAGUGCUGUCUGUCGGUCGGUGUGUAUUUUUAACAAAAUGAGGCGUAUCUCUUUGUACGUUCGUCUAAUUAAAGGACAGAGUUUAAUUUGAGAGUUUUAAUGGUAUUUUUUUAAGCGCUAACUUAAAUGAGCUAAUCUGCGCUAGCUGGAAGCUCUUAGCAUCGGUUAUCGUGUCCAAACUCAACUAAACUCACUCCACUAAAGCGACUUCAUUUAUUGUCAGCUCUUUCUGAGAAACCUCGAACUAAACUCUUUUACUAAAGCAUUUUCGCAGUUGACUGCGAGAACAACCGUGAAGAGGCCGGAGACAGUGGGUGUUUUUUUUUUUUUUCCCUGGUAGCGAGUCUUAACAUGAGCAGAGUGCUGGUUAAGUUCGAGUAAGCGGUCUGCAGAUUGACUGGACACUCGCUGGAGGUGAUGGCUCGGAGGAGACUGGACAGUCGCAGUGGAUCCUCGGCUCUGCUGUCAGAGAUCCACACUCACAUCCACACGGAUCCUCUGGACACCGUGUUUGACAUGAGCCACGUACUGGGCAGGGGGAAGUUUGCAGUGGUGAAGAGGUGUGAGGAAAAGGCCACGGGGAAAGUCUUCGCUGCAAAGUUCAUCAAGAAGCGGCGACGAGGUCGCGACUGCAGAGCGGAGGUGAUUCACGAGAUCGCUGUUUUAGAGGCGGCAAAGAACAACCCUCGUGUGGUGAACCUGCACUCGGUGUAUGAGACCGAUCAUGACCUGGUUCUAAUGCUGGAAUAUGCGGCGGGUGGCGAGAUAUUUGACCACUGUGUGUCAGAGGAGCUGCUGCCCGAAGAUCAGAUCAUCCGUCUGAUCCGACAGAUGCUUGAGGGAGUUCACCUGCUGCACCAUAGCAGCGUGGUCCACCUGGACUUAAAGCCCCAGAAUAUUCUCCUGACGAGUCUGAGCCCAUUGGGGGAUAUAAAGAUAGUGGAUUUUGGCUUGGCCCGCAGGCUGGGCUCUUCUGGGGAGCUCAGAGAGAUUCUGGGAACCCCUGAGUAUGUAGCCCCUGAGAUCUUGAACUAUGAACCGAUCACCACAGCAACAGACCUCUGGAGUGUGGGCGUGAUCGCCUAUAUGCUGGUGACAGGAGAGUCUCCAUUCGCUGGCGAGGAUAAACAGGAGACCUUCCUCAAUGUAUCCCAGGUGAACGUGGACUACAGCAGAGAGGCUUUCUCAAGAGUUUCUGAACUGGCUGUCGACUUCAUCCGGAAUCUGCUGGUCAAAGCACCAGAGGAUCGUCCCAGUGCAGCCGAUUGUAUGACCCAUCCCUGGCUGUGGCUCCAUUAUCCAGGUUCUGAUCCGAUCCCCGUGACCCCACGCACUCCCCGGGAAAGGAGUUACGGUGGGAAGUGGUCCGCGCCACCCGAGGAUCCCGAAGACAAAGAGAACAUUCUGGACUCGCCGCACACCAAGAGGUUUCGUUUUGAGGAGGACAUGUCAGCCACCGGCGACGGUGACCACUUGUGCUGAUCCAAAAGGGAAACACACUUACACUCAAUAGCAUUUUGUUCCUUGUUGUUGGCCCCCACACAGCACCAGCAAACACGCUUCUGUCCUAAUGCUGUUUUCAACAUCCUCUGGCCAACCAAAAGGGCCAAAUCUAGUGUAACGUUAAAGAGUGAGAAUCUAAAUAUCUAUGUUGCUGUCCUGUCUCAAGAUGCCUUUUCCUGCCAUCUUCGGGUUUUAAAUGAUUCAUUUAAAUAUUUUAAUUGCCAUUCAGUAUCGAUUGAAUUUUCUGCUGAUCUCAGCCCAUGUUAAUCUCAACACUAUUUCCAUUACUGCACUUAAGGGAUUUUCAACAAUAAGGGAUUUGAAAAAGACCGUUUUCUGCUUUGCGUCUCAACAUCAGAAAGAGUUUGUAUGAUUAGACUCUGUUAAUUGCGAUGGUCUCUGUUAAAAAGGUUCAGUGCAGGAAUGCUCUCGGUGUAUUGGUGCGUGUUUUGUCUUGCAUCCUCAACUUCUCGUGGCAUUGACACAUUCGUGGGCUCCAUAAAAAUGUGACUCAACUCAAACACGCACAACACACCCUCUGGAUUACACAAAUAUGUGUUUGUAUUGGUCACAGAACUUCCUCCCUGAUAAUGACUAAA